AUGAGCACACCAAUUCCACAACCUCCAGGAACCUUUUUCAUUGGAAAUCUCAAUGAAAUAGAUUCUACAUACACUCUGGGAUCACUUCAAAGACUUCAUAAACUAUAUGGUGAUAUAUAUCGUCUAACUAUAUUAGGCAAAAAUCUUGUAAUAGUUUCAAGCCAAGAAAUUAUCAAUUUCCUCUGUGAUGAAUCAAAAUUUGAUAAAGACCUUGGCAAACCGUUAAUAGAACUACGAGCUCUUACAGGAGAUGGACUGUUUACUGCUCAUACAUCAGAACCAAAUUGGAAACUUGCACACAAGAUUCUUCUUCCUGCUUUUGGACCGAAUGCAAUCCGAGGUAUGUUUCCAGAAAUGAUGGAUAUUGCUACUCAAUUAAUUUUACGAUGGGAACGUUAUGCUGGAGAAGAAAUUGAUGUUUGCGACAAUUUUACACGCUUAACUUUAGAUACAAUUGCACUUUGUAGUUUCGAUUAUCGAUUUAAUAGUUUUUAUCAAAACAAAAUGCAUCAUUUCGUUGAUGCUAUGGUCAAUAUUCUAAGUGAAAGUGGCAAUCGUGCCCGACGAUUACCUUUACAAAAUACACUUAUGCGUGGAACAGCGAAACAAUAUAACGAUGAUAUUGCAUAUAUUCAUAAAUUAUGUGAUGAAAUCGUACAACAAAGACGAGAACAUCCAAAUGAUAUCAAUGAUUUGCUCAAUCGAAUGAUCAAAGGAAAAGAUCCAGAUACUGGCUAUCACUUGUCCGAUGAAAAUAUUCGUUAUCAAAUGGUCACUUUUUUGAUUGCAGGACAUGAAACAACUUCGGGACUUCUUUCAUUUACAUUUUAUUAUCUUCUAAAAAAUCCACAUGUCUUACAAAAAGUACAAGCAGAAGCUGAUCAGUACGAUGAAAUUACUAUUGACACUCUUCCUAAAUUAAAAUAUAUCGAUGCAGUACUCAAAGAAACGCUUCGAUUACAGCCUACAGCACCAGCAUUCGGCCUGCGAUUAAAAGAAGACAAAACAGUUUUACCUGGUGGUUAUGAAGUUACUAACAAUGAGAGAUUAUUAGUCUUAUUGCCACAAUUACAUCGUGAUCCUAAAGUAUGGGAUCGUCCAGAAGAAUUUCUACCUGAACGAAUGCUCGAUGGAGGAUUCGAAAACUUACCACCAAAUGCAUGGAAACCUUUUGGAAAUGGUCAACGUGGUUGUAUUGGUCGUUCUUUUGCUAUGCAAGAAAGUGUUCUUGCCGUUGCACUCAUUCUUAAACAUUUUAAUAUUGAAUUUGUUGAUCCUUCUUAUGAUCUUCGUGUUAAACAAACGUUAACAAUCAAACCUGAAGGUCUUAAAAUGAGAGUUCGACCACGUCACCGAGCUAAAACUGCAUUAAACAUGAACAUUAAACAAUCUGAAAAGAUACCUAUUGAUACACAAUUACUCGAAACAAAUAAUCUUAAACCAAUGUCCAUUCUUUUUGGUAGUAACUCUGGUUCAUGUGAAUCGUUUGCAGGAAUUUUAGCUUCGGAAGCACCUAUUAAUGGAUUCAAUGCUACAAUUGCAACACUUGAUUCUGCUAUUGGAUCUCUUCCUUGUGAUCGACCUAUAAUUAUAGUUACUGCAUCAUACGAAGGUAAACCCUGUGAUAAUGCUAAACAAUUUGUUGCUUAUCUCGAAUCAAAACCAGAACUGAAAAUUAAUUAUGCAGUAUUUGGAGCAGGUCAUCAUGAUUGGGUAACUACAUAUCAAAAGAUUCCAACUUAUAUCGAUGAUAUGAUUGAAAAAGCUGGUGGAACAAGAAUUAUCAAACGUGGAGUUGGUGAUGCUGCAGGUGAUUUUUUUGGUGAAUUUGAAGCUUGGAAAGAAAAUCUUUUUCAAGUGUUACGUAAAACUCUUGGUUUUCAAAAUGUUAUUAGUCAAGAAAAACUUUCAAUUGAAAUUGUUAAUUCAACAAGAAAUCUUGGACAAAUAACUGAUGUCGGAAUUGUUAAAGAUAAUAAAUUACUUGUUGAAGCAAGCGAAUUAGGACCUGCAAAACGACAUAUCGAAAUUGAACUACCAAAAGGACAAACCUAUCGUACAGGAGACUAUCUCGCUAUAUUACCAACUAAUCCAGCUGAAGUUGUUCAACGAGUUUUCAAGCGUUUUGAUCUAUCUGCAGAUACACAAAUUAAAAUUCUUUCAACAACAGAAACUUUUCUUCCAACUGGUUAUCCAGUGAGUGCAUCUGAAAUUCUAACUGGUUAUGUCGAAUUGACUCAACCAAUUAGUCGAAAACAAGUAGAAACACUUGCUACAUUGUGCAAUGACGAAAAGGAAAAAACACAACUUGAAAGUCUUGGUGGUGAUGCAUAUCAAGCGGAGAUUCUCAAUAAGCGUCUUAGUACACUUGAUAUUCUUGAACUAUAUCCUUCAUGUGAUCUAUCAUUUCCACAGUAUCUUCGUAUGUUACCAUCACUUCGUGUUCGUCAAUAUAGUAUUUCUUCAUCACCUCUAUGGAAUUCUGAAGCAGUGACACUUACCAUUGAUAUACUUGAUGCACCAGCAAUAAGUGGACAUGGACGAUACUAUGGUGUUGCCUCCAAUUAUCUUGCAAGUCUAAAAACAGGUGAUCGUCUCAGUUGCAGCGUUCGAGCAAGUAAUGUAAAUUUUCAUCUACCUGUGGAUACUACAGUACCAAUAGUUAUGUUUGCUGCUGGAACUGGAAUUUCACCAUUUCGUGGUUUUAUUCAAGAACGAGCAGCACAGAUGGUGUGUGGUAGAGAAGUUGGUCCUACUAUUUUAUACUUUGGAUGUCGAUCACAGAAAGAUUUCUUAUAUUCGGAUGAACUUGAAAAAUGGUCAAAAAUUGGUGCUAUACAAGUGAAAUCUAUUUUUUCUCGAGAAUCAAAUGAUGGAAAAAAAUAUGUUCAGGAUUUAGUUUGGGAAGAUCGAACAUUUAUCACAAAACUUUAUUCAGAAGGUGCACGCUUUUAUACUUGUGGAAGUGCAACGAAACUUUCUGGAGGGAUGAAAACAUGUUUUAUUAAGAUCAUCGAAGAAUAUAAACAAUGUGAUGAAACAAAAGCAGCAGAGAUUUUUGAGAAAAUCUGUACUAGUAGAUAUAGUGUAGAUGUUUUUACAUAA